CUGGGGACCCUAUAACACGGGCUCAUGCGCUGUGUUGCUGCCCAUUCCGAAGACUCUCAGCAGAGAUUAUGCUAGUUUAUUUUCUUCAUCUCCAGUUUUAACAUUUAUGUUUAGACUUUCGGUGUAAACGCCGCAUUCUUUAUUUCUCUAAAACUAUAUUUCUAAAUAUUUUUGUUGCUUGGUGGAUUACAGGCAGACGAUGGGUGACGUCCGAGACAACGUAAAACCCUUUUGCCAUCUGGGGAUUAUAAACUGACCUUGACUAUGCCUUGGCACCUGUAAGGACGCAAGGAAGACUUAGGCGCUCACGACCCUCUCUUGGUGACCAAACCACUACGAGUCCUUCUGCAGAGAGGACGAGACUGCAGCAAUGGAAACUAUUUCCAAUGAAAGUGAUAUCUGGCAACUGAACGAAUCUUGGAGGAACUCCAGCCUUCUGAACGGGACCGGCGGGCUGAAUCAAACGAACCCCCUGGAGAGGAAUGAGGAGGUGGCAAAGGUGGAGGUGACCGUGCUCGCUCUGGUGCUCUUCCUGGCGCUCGCAGGGAACCUGUGCGUCCUGCUGGCCAUCCACACCACCAAACACAGCCAGUCCCGCAUGUAUUACUUCAUGAAGCACCUGAGCAUCGCCGAUCUGGUCGUGGCUAUAUUCCAGGUCCUCCCUCAACUUAUCUGGGACAUCACAUUUCGGUUCUACGGACCAGAUAUUUUGUGCAGGUUGGUUAAAUACCUGCAGGUUGUCGGGAUGUUUGCAUCCACUUAUAUGUUAGUUUUGAUGUCCGUAGACCGCUGUUUGGCCAUAUGCCAGCCUCUCCGCUCUCUGCACAGAAGAAAAGAUCGUUUUUAUGUGAUAUUUUCUUGGCUCCUCAGCCUGCUCUUCAGCACCCCGCAGAUAUUCAUCUUUUCCCUCAGAGAGGUCGGCUCAGGAGUGUACGACUGCUGGGGCGACUUCGUGAAACCCUGGGGAGCGAAAGCUUACAUUACAUGGAUCAGCCUCACUAUCUACAUUAUCCCCGUGGCCAUACUGAGCAUUUGCUACGGUCUGAUCAGCUUUAAGAUAUGGCAAAACUUUAAGCUGAAAACCAGACGCGAACAGUGCAUCAGCCUGACCCCCAAAACCUGCAAAAGCAACACGCUGGCCCGGGUGAGCAGCGUGAGGCUCAUCUCCAAGGCGAAGAUAACCACCGUGAAAAUGACUUUUGUGAUUGUGGUGGCGUACAUCGUGUGCUGGACCCCCUUUUUCUCAGUCCAGAUGUGGUCUGCGUGGGAUCCAGCUGCACCCCGGGAGGCCAUGCCCUUCAUCAUCUCCAUGCUGCUUGCAAGCCUCAACAGCUGCUGUAACCCCUGGAUCUAUAUGUGCUUCGCUGGGCAUCUCUUCCAUGACCUGAGGCAGAACUUUCUGUGUUGUUCCGCUCGCUACCUUAAGUCAUCCCAGUGCCGCUGCGAGCAUGACUUUGACUCCAGCCACAAGAGCAACUCGUCAACCUUUGCCAUUAAGAGCACCAGCAGUCAGAGGAGCAUCACACAGACAUCCACCACGUAAGCCCCUGGCCUCCUUUUUUUCCUGUCUCCCAAGCUGCCCACUCAGCCUCUCACUACAUGCUGCUCCCCAUAAAUUUUCCAGCGGUUCGAUUUUUUCAAAAUGCCUCUCUCUGUAAGACUUGCUGUUAAAGCCCAGAAGGGGGACAACAACCCACACAGUCCUUUCAUUUCUGAAUAAAUUUAUUAUUUAACUGUGAAUCUGAAAGCAUUAAUCAACAGAAUUUUUUUUCAUGAAUUUCAAUGAGAUAAUUAAGGACUAAAAAGAUUGACUGAAUGAAACUUUUUCUAUGUGUUUUUUUUUGUUAUAUACUUGCUCUAAAUGUACAUUUUAAGGUGUAUCUUAGUGUUUAUUGUGCACACAAACUGAAUAAAAAGACUAUUUGACGAAUGUUGAUGCGUUGUAAAUUGUUACGGUUUUGUCACCAGCAAAGCUAAUGGAUCCAGUUUGUCUGUGUUGUUAUUAUAAAUUUAUUCCUCUGUUAUAAAUUCGAUAUAACAGAUAUAACUGUUGUUCAGCUUGUUACAUAUUUGCACAGAUAUAAACUGUUACUUCAAGGUUUUGUUAAGUUUAUUAUGCCAUGCCUGUCUCUGCUAAACAUUGGACAAAUGGUUUGAAAACAAUAAAAGAAAAUU